UCAACAGCGUCACGUGCGAGGGAGCAUAUUGCGAGGAGCAGGCAGGCAUGCAAAGUGCUCCUCCAGUCACACGCAUGCCAUGCACGCACCGAUUGCCCGCGCAUUUCUCUCCCACAUCGAUCGACGCGCUCGCGCAACCUCCUCUCGGCCGAUCGCCCGAAUCCCUGAAGCCGUCGCCGUCGUGUCGCUCGCCCGUCCGUCCGGCCGGCGGGCCGUCGCCGCCGCCGUAGUCCACCACAUCGCGCUGAUCCGUCCAACGUUGUCUCAUCCACGUACAGCCGCGUCCUUGACCUGGACGUACGUAACACACCACCGGCACCGAUCGAUCGUCCUCGGAGGAGGAACCAUGAGGCCGGCCACCCGACGGCGGGUGACAUGGCCGUCUCCCUGAAGCUGCAUGCCGGUUGUCCCGUUCCCCGUGCGUUCCAGAACAAAGAAUGGAGCCCCGGCGCGAGCUGCUGCUGCGGGAGCUCCGGGACGCGUGGGACGAGGUCGGCGAGGCGGAGGAGGACCGGUGGGAGGCGCUGCGGGCGCUCGAGGAGGACUGCCUCGCCGUCUACAGGGCCAAGGUCGCGCAGGUGAGGCAGCAAGGCGCGCGCCUGCGGGCGGAGAUCGCCGCCGCCCUCGCCGAGCUGGCCGCCCUCCGCGCCGCCGUCGGCGACGACCCGCCGAGUGCUGCCCGGACCAGCGCCGGGAGCCUCAGGGAGGAGCUGCGCGCGAUCGCGCCGGAGCUGGAGGAGGUGAGGCAGCGGCGGGACGAGAUGUGUCGGCAGUUCGCCGAGGUCACGGAGCUCAUCGACCGGCUCCGGCAGGAGAUGAGGCCCGGCGAACGGCCGCCCCCACCGUUCGUCGACGCCGACCCCGAGAACCUCACCAUGAACAGGCUCCAGGAGCUCAGAGCGCACCUGCGGCAUCUCCAAUCCGAGAAGGACAAUCGCAUCAAGAAGAUGGCAGAGCUCACGAGCUCCCUGCACGCGUCCUCCUCGGUUCUUGGCAUGGAUCCGCAAGAGAUCACCACCAGCCUCCAAGAAGCAGGUGCCGGCGCCGGCGACAUCAGCGACGGCGCGAUCGCGAGGCUGGAAUCGGAGGCGGAGAGGCUGAGGGAGGCUAAGCGUGGCAGAAUGCAGAGGCUGCAGGACCUGGUGGUGGCCAUGCUGGAGCUGUGGAGCCUGAUGGACACGCCGCCAGAGGAGCAGAGCCGGUUCCAGGGCGUGGCCUGCAACGUCGCGGCCUCGGAGGACGAGAUCACUGAGCCCGGCGCGCUCUCGGCCACCGCCAUCGGCGAGGUCGAGGCCGAGGUGGCGCGGCUGGAGGGCCUCAAGGGGCGCCGGAUGAAGGACCUGCUGGCCAGGAAGCGCGGCGAGCUCAGGGAGAUCCGGCGCCGCGCGCGCAUCAUCUCCGCGCAGGAGGAGGAGGAGGACGGCGGCGGCGACGAGGUCGUGUCCGACGACGGCUGCGCAGACGCGGCGGAGCGGUCGCUGGUGCUAGAGCGGCUGGAUGCCCGGAUCUCGGAGGCCAGGGACGAGGAGUUCAGCCGGAAGGAGGUGCUGGAGAGGAUGGAGAAGUGGCAGGUGGCCCUCGAGGAGGAAUCCUGGCUCGAGGAGUACAACAGGAACAAGAACAGAUACAACGUGGGUAAAGGAAUGCACCUCGUGCGGAAGCGCGCCGAGAAGGCGCGCGCCUUGGUCAACAAGAUGCCAGCGAUGGCGGAGGCCUUGAUGGCGAAGGUGGUGGCCUGGGAGAAGGACAGAGGCGCCAAGUUCUUGUACGAUGGUGAGGGGCUUUUGGACAUGUUGGAGGACUACGAUAACACGAGGAAGGAGAAAGAACAAGAGAAGAAGAGACAAAGGGACCAGAGGAAGCUGCAGGGGCAGAGCACGGUGGAGUCGCCGGUUGCCCGGGCACUUCAAAAGAACCUCAAGAACGUGACGAGGACAUUGUCCAUGGGAGGCAGCAAGAAGAUGAUCGUGUCAGCAUCAUCAUCAUCAUUGUCAUCGCCGAGGCCAAUCACACCGAGCUACCUCAAGUCUUCAUUCUCGCCGCGAAGGAGCGACGAUGGGCAGAUGGUGUCGCAGGAUUCUUUCGAGUGAGACCCGGUUCAUGCAAUGUCCCGUGUUCUGGGGUAGUUUGCUCAAAGUUGGCGAGAGAAAAGACACUAGUUGUCGCAGAACGGUGGAUGGCAAAGUUUUUGCGUGUCCUUAUAAAGGAAAGAGAGAUGUUCAAGUGAUGAGAGGAUAUGAUGUUUUAUCUCUCUAC